AUGUCCAAUCUGAGGCAUCGUCUCUCGAUUGCAGACACCUCGUGUCAGUCGUCGUCGACAACGGUGAUGAUGCUAGCACUGGCAGGUCUCCAGCUAGCCUUCGCCCUUCUUGGGGUAGCGCUAACUCUGUCCACACAAGAAACCAAAAAGGGGUUGUUGUCUUUCCCUGUUAUGCACAAACGGAGUCAUCCCCUGAAUCUCGGGAAAAGAGACAACAUUGUGGCCUUAGGUAAUGUCUCGACUUUAACAUAUUUGCUUACACUCCAGAUUGGUACUCCGCCACAACCUGUUGAGGUCGUCCUCGACACGGGGUCCUUCGAGCUUUGGGUUGACCCGACUUGCGCGACAGCAGCCACUGAGAGCCAGGAGGAAACGUGCAAUGCUUCUGGAAGAUAUAUUCCAGGCUUGUCCUCCACCUGUGUCAACAAGAACGUGACGCAACACAGCGGGUACGGAAAGGGGGGCGCGGAAAUCGGCUAUGCGGUUGAUAAUAUCCUAGUCCCUGGCAGCAGUCAGUUCAUAUCCUUCCUAGCACUGAAGUUAUCGUCAAUCGAUAAGCUCCACGCACAGGGGAUAACGCAGUCGAAAGCAUUCAGCAUAGCCCUAGGAGGUCAAUGUUCAGAGUCCGGUGGCGCCAUCAUCUUCGGUGGACUUGACACAAAAAAGUUCAGCGGCAAGUUGCACAAAUUUGACAACAUGCCACCUCAAAUCGAAGGCAGCAAGGAGGGCCCGUGGCGAUGCUGGGUACAAAUGAAGUCAGUCGGAGUAACCACACCAGGCAGACUUGUCUCUACUUACGAGUAUUCAACGAUGCCCGCUCUUCUUGACACUGGUUCAACAUGGAGCUACCUUCCCCAGCAUCUAUUCAACAGCUUGGAAGAUGACUUUAAUGCAACGCUUUCAGAAGAUGGAAGCCUCGAAGUUCCCUGCUCGAUGGUUGAGCAACCCGGCACUGUUGACUUCACGUUUGGAGAUCUGACGAUCCGAGUCCCAUAUUCGGAGUUCAUCUCGCAGCUGGAGCCGGGGUAUCGUGCGCUCGGCGUCUUGCCGAGAAAGGGAUCGUAUGAUCGAGCGGUCCUUGGAGAUUCGUUUCUGCGCUCGGCGUAUGUCGUGUUUGACCAAACUAAUCAGCACCUGUACAUGGCUCACUACCGCGAUUGUGGCACAAACGAGCAAACACUCUCUGGAGAUGUUGGAGCUGCUCUUAAUCUAACAGGACAGUGUCAUUCCGGCCAUCACCUUUUCGUAUCCAUCUCAAUGUGCUGGUUCAUCGCGCCGUCUGCUUUCGUCCUGUGGGUUUGCGCGCUGUUUUUGUAG